UUGAUAUAAUAAAUUAUUUUAGCAUAAGCUUAGGAGUUUCUACUCUCUACAAAAUGUUAGAUUGAAUUAUAACUAUUGAUUUUGUAGUGAAUCUAUUACCCAAUCCUACUUAGAUACAGGUAGAAGUUCUUCCUCCACAUAGUUUAAAAUAGGAACUACUCCUGCAAUGAAAACUUUCUAUGUUUUGAAAAGUGUGAUUUGACUUGUCUUUCUACCUGAAGAAAAACAAAACCAAGAAAUUUGGCAUUAUGCCUGUUCCUUUUGGCUGCAUAUAAUCAAACUGUGAACUGCCAUUCAUAUCCUCACGUAUACACUCUUGUCUUUCAGCUACAAUAAAAAAACCUCUUCACUCUUUCAGUUACAACUACUAGAGAUAAGCAUGAAACUCUCCAUCAACUCCAUUUAGGGAUGCCAUAACUUUUAUCAUAAUACUCUCCAUUGAUCCUGCAAUUAACUCUUUGUUACUUGGUUGAAAAUGUUGGCUGUUUUUGAGAAAUCAACAGGAAAUCCCCCUGAAGAGCUGAGGCUUCCUUCGAAGGAAUCCAAGGUUAUCAAAACCCGGGAAGAAAUUGUGGAGAUUUUCCGGUCAUUUUGGCCAGAUUCCACACAGUACUACCUCCCAAAUGGUAACUUAAUGGCUUUAUCACAUGAACAUGAAACUCCAUUUGAUCCAAGAUCCAUUGUUGUAAUAGACAACGUCUUCUGCAUCUUCAUUGGGACUUUAGAGAAUAUGUGUGAGCUUAGGAGACACUAUGGGCUAUCAAGACAAGCUGCAGAACCAGUGCUUGUGAUUGAAGCUUAUAAGGUACUAAGAGAUAGAGCACCUUAUCCAUCUGAUCAAGUCAUCAAGGAUCUUCAUGGAAAAUUUGCAUUCCUUCUCUUUGACGCUAAAUCUGCCAUUCUUUUUGCAGCCAGGGACCGCGAGGGGAGUGUAGAAUUCAAAUGGGGAAUGACUGGAGAUGGGUCCUUGGUUUGCUCUGAUGAUUCCAACAUUAUGAAACAAAUUUGUGGAAAAUCUUGGGCACCUUUUCCUCCUGGGUGCAUAUAUAUGAAUACAAGUGGACUUAUAAGCUUUGAUCAUCCGCUUUGCAAGGUUAAAGCAAUUGCAAGAGAAGAUGAUAAUGGGGAGGUUUGUGGUGUUGUUUUCCAAGUAGAUUUGUUUACAAGACUCCCCAGCAUUCCCCGCACUGGCAGUGCUUCCAACUGGGCGGUUCCCGCUCUCGUCGACAGUGAGUAACUUUGCUGUAACUUUAUCGCCUGCUCAAGAAGUAAUGUAC